UAGCAGGUCCGGGGCUCUGGUGAUGAUGAUGAUGAUGAUUCGUCGAUGAAGGGGAGAAAUGCAAAGAUAUGACGGAUAACCGACCGCUCGCCGUCCGGCUGCUGCAGACGCACACCGUCCCUGUAGUCUUCAAACUGGUGGCUUCCCCGGAAGAUGUCAAGGAUGGCGAGUCUGGUACAAGGAAGGGCAGGCGGAGAACGAAAAGAGUCAGAUCCCUGCAGAGAAAUGGGUGCGGCUUGUGAAUGUAUCAGUUUCUUUGCUGGUCGGUGGCAAGACUCAUCGCAUGGCCCCUCCGUCGCCCACGUGUGACGCCUGGCGCGUCUGUGUGGCCAUCCCGCCGGGCGACCAUCGGUACCAAUACGUCGUGACCGACCGUCAUGGCCUAGUCAAGCGCUACGAGCAGCAGAUGAAAAAGGCGCGUAUCAUCAUCGAGCGCUCCAUCUCCAGCGAGCACUCAGACAUCCUACUCACCGUCAUGGACACUUUCGGUAGCUGCAUGUGCCACUGGGCCUCCGUGACGCCAACGCAGCAGGUGCGAAACGUGAAACACGGGAGCUGGAUUUGCGUGCAUCGUCUGCUUGUGCGAUGUGCAGGAGUCUGAGGUUUCCUUCACAUGUUCCUUCACCCCGUCGGCCCUCUUCGGCAGCUCCCAGCCCCCGCCGCCAUUCACAGCCCUGCCAGACCCAGACGCCCUCCCUGCAUCGCUCCCCAAUGCGGCCACCAUCCACACAAACUUCCGCAAUGCCGUCACGCUGCAGUUCGGUGCUGGUGCGUGCCAUCUGACGAAGCGGCUGGCCAUCGGCAUUGCUUGCGGCACAAUCAAUGAAGGUGCAGCGCGCAGUCUCAUCGAGCAGGGGGCCAACAUCAAGGGCGGCGUCAAGGAGUCGCAUGGAGGCGACCUCAGCCUGGUGGGGCUGGUGGUCGCAUACCACACCGGCUCAUCGGCUGGCAAGGUGCUCCGGGCACUCCUCGACGCCGGGGCGCAGAUCGACGAGAGCCCCGACGACGCGGAGCACAGGAGUUUGCGGGUCGCAAUCAGAGAGGGGCGGUGGGCGCUGCUGGAGAUCCUGCUCGAGCCGCAGUACAAGGCGGCCGUCAACGGCAUGCAGCUGCUGUCGGAGCUGGGCGUAGAGGGCAAAGGUGGCAGAGAGAAGGGCCUGCCGCCGGCUGCCCAUCUGCGCAUCGUCAAGAAGAUCGCCGAGCGCGACCCCUCUGUCCUCACAGAAGUGGACAGCAACGGCAAGCAGCCCAUCCACCGCUACUGUGAGCACCCCCUCACCAGCGCCAAGUGCCAGCAGCGGCUCAUCGACUACUUUGUCAAGGUGUGUGGGCAUGACAUCGUCAACGCACCAGACAGUGACGGCAGGCGGCCGCUGUGGGCCGCGUAUUUCUCGACGCACCUCAGCCGCACGGGCCGCAAAGAGACCAUCCACCGCCUCUACCACUUCGGUGCAGCGAAGCACAUCAACACGCCCGACAGCAGCCAGCGCACUCUGCUGUGGGACCUGGCGCGUGAGAUGACUGACGACGAAGAAUAUGAGCCUUCGGAUGCCGUGCGGGUCGAGCCCGAUCUCCUCGACUUGCUCACGCACGGUGCCUCGCUGACGGCUGCCGGCGUGACCCCACAGAGAGCCAUCAGAGAGGCCAAGGAUGAGCAGCGGCGUCAGCAGCGUGAGACCUGCGACCGCUGCGAGAGUUUGGAGGGAAGGCUCUUUGACUUGGGCUACGAGUACUGGGACAGCGAUGACGAGGAGGAGGUGGACGACGCAGACUGGCCCAUGAGGAGGAUCGUGAAGGCAUACGGCACGCUGCUGAACCGCAAGAUCCCUCGCCGGUCCAUCCGUGCCAUCAACACCGCUCUGCAGCCCAGCCGCUCCAUUGUGGCCUCGCUAGCCCAACCCAUACCCAUCAGCGAGACGACACACGUCACGCUGCCUCCCGAGAUUCAGACGACGAUCGCCUCCCUGCUGACCCCCUCCCCCUCCCUCCCCAUCGGCGAGAACCCAUUCGGCACACGCAUCAACCGGGCCAUGCAACAAUACGUGACGGCCGCCAGCCGCAGCAUCAUCCAGCACGGCAACGUCCAUGUGGUGGGCGGGCCGGGCCAGCCACCGCUGCGCCCCUUCGCCAUCGGCGGGGAGACGGGCCGCCGCAUGGGCAUCUGCGAGGUGAUCUUUCGUGUCGUUCGGAUGGAAACGCUGCGGUGGGGCAUCAACCUGACGCUCAAGCACGGGAUGGACAAUGACGAGCAGAUCAUCAGGACCAUGCGGGUGGCGUAACUUGGCUCUGCCUGCCGUGCUAUGGGACGAGACGGCCGGGAUGGGUGGGAUGCAUAGGGUGGGAUGCACACGGUGUAGUGGCGGGAAGGGAAGAUGUGUCUGAUCUCUGUGGCCAUGCCGAUCGGAGGGUUGGCGGGCGAGCGAUGGCGGUUGGAUAGUCAUGUGAGCCGCAGCGACGAAGACAGUUGAUGGGGACUGUUAGGACUGUGUGGCUUAGCCUUGCCUUGCCGUGCAAUUGACGGCACCUAGAUAAAGGAGUGAACGUCCUAUUGUAGACCACCAGGCAGCUCAAGUUGGAGUAUCAGCAGUAGCUCGGGGUAGCGAGUAGGAAUGUGAGGAAGCCGGAAGAAGCAUUCAGUGACGACGGAGGUCUCAUGGACACGCAAGCUUGGGCUGGAACUCAUGUCUCGUGGA